AAUCUGUAUUUUAUUUUCAACACACGAAGCAAAUGAUGCAAAUAACUAAAAUGUAGGCGAUAUUUUUUAUUAGCGAGAGAUGAAUGUUCCACUCAAACAAAAAGUAAAGCUGAGUUAUCUAGUUCUCCCAGGCGGGCGGGCGUUGUCAGACGGAGCCAAGCCCACAGGACGUGCAGUCAGUCUGCUGCUAACAGCAACCAGCCAAGUCUCUGGAGUUAGCUAGGGAGCUAGCCAUGAGCUAACAAGCAGCUAGCUGAGUCUUUUCAUGUUGCCACCAUAAUUCAACCUUCAGUCAAACGCCGUACCAAGGUGAAUACUGUUCAAUUUACCGGAAUUAUCAUUCAGCCCUUUUGUUGCAGCUGGAAUCGUCGGGGUUGAUUUUUACGGUCUUCGUUUCACAGUCCAUCCCUCCACCUCCAGCUCCACGUUGAACUUUCUCCCUUUUACACCCGGAUCUCUCGGUACACAGAGCCAUGGCAGCUGCUAAGCCAAAAGGGCAGAACUCUUUAGCUCUUCACAAAGUGAUUAUGGUGGGCAGUGGAGGAGUGGGGAAAUCAGCGCUGACUCUUCAGUUCAUGUAUGACGAGUUUGUUGAAGACUAUGAGCCCACUAAAGCAGACAGUUACAGGAAGAAAGUGGUGCUGGAUGGAGAGGAGGUACAGAUUGACAUCCUUGACACAGCUGGACAAGAGGACUAUGCAGCCAUUCGUGAUAACUACUUCCGCAGUGGCGAGGGUUUCCUCUGUGUGUUUUCCAUCACAGAACUGGAAUCAUUUGCAGCAACAGUAGACUUCAGAGAGCAGAUUCUGCGAGUGAAGGAGGAUGAAAAUGUGCCCUUUCUCCUGGUUGGUAACAAGUCAGACUUGGACGACCGACGGCAGGUCAGCGCUGACGAGGCGAAGGCACGUGCUGAGCAGUGGGGCGUGUGCUAUGUGGAGACUUCAGCCAAAACCCGUGCCAAUGUUGACAAGGUGUUUUUUGACCUGAUGAGAGAGAUCCGGGCAAGGAAAAUGGAGGACAGCAAAGAGAAGAACGGAAAGAAGAAAAGUAAAAGUUUGGCCAAGAGAAUUAGAGAGAGAUGCUGUAUUUUAUAGUGGUAAAAGAGAGCAGGGUAGCUGCUUGUGUACAUAUACAUUUCUCAGACUUUUGCAUUUCUUUUGUGCCCAUACCCCUGACCAUGACUUUCUGUCCCUGGCUAACAGGACAUCUGACCGUGUGUCGGGGAGUAGUAAGGUGGCACUCCAUACACCAUUUAUAGCUCUAACUUUUUAUGUGCUGACACUCCAAAUAAUUUCUGUACUCUCUCUCUCUGUCUCUCUCUUACUCUGACCACAUUACAGAGUGUAAUACAUGGAUGGUGUUUUAAUUUAGGCCUAAGCUUGACAAAAAGGGUAAGCCCUGAAAGGGUUACAAAACCUUUCAUUGUAAAGUUUGAUGUGUAUAAUAUUAUUCAGACAACUGUGCAGUUCAAAAGAUAAAAUGAAGGUGACGGAGCCCAGGUUUAAAUGGGGGAUGUAAGUUGAGCUUGGGUAGGAAAUGUAGGUUAACAUACUCAGCAGUGUAGUGUCAACCCAGAAUUCAUCAAGUGCCACCAAGGAAAUGUACAUUGCACUGGUGAAUCUAUGAAGCAUUUUAAUUGAAAGAUUGUUGCGCACGUCGGAGCCAAAAUUUGAUGCCAUUCCUAUUUGUUUGUUUUACACCUCAAUUUUACUACGUGGUAUGGUUAUGAACACUUCUCUUUAAAUCCUUUUUUUUUUUUUUUUUUUUUUAAAUCUGUGAAAUCAAACUUUUUUUUUUCCUUUCUUUUUGUCUCCUCUUGUUAUAUCAACCAAUGUAAGAUAAGCGCACUAAUGACUAAUGUUUCCAUUUUCUUUCCCCUUGGUAUCAUUUUGUUCAAUCUUCUCAAAUGCACAAACAUUGAUCAUUGCCCUUGAAUCUGUGAGGGAGGGUUUUUUUUUUUUUUCUUGUUCGCUUUUUUUUUUUUUUUUAAUAUAUUUUCAAUUCAAACAUUUCAGAAGUUUUACCUCACUACUUCUUUUGCGAUAAAGGAAUCCCUGGUGCUCUGAUAAACGGCGAUUCCAUAACACUACGUCCUUUUACAUGCUGUCUUGAACACAUCUUAAAGAUGAUUAAAUAAAUUGCUUCCAGCCACGUAAACGUUUCUCUAACCCAACCUUAAUUUUCCUGGCUCAGACUUUUAAUCACCAACCUUGUGGGGUUGUUUUUUUUUUUUUUUUUUUUUUUACUUAAAUGUAUUUCUUAAUAUGGACUUAAAAGUAUGUGAAAAUAAAUUAAUGGAUAGAUGAAUUUAAAGGCAUAAAAUAUUAAAAAUGAAUGCAGAUUUGAUAGAAGUACCUCUCCAAAAAAAUUGCUCUCAGUCACCAAAGAAAAAUGCUAGCUAGUACAAACAAGUGCCCACUUAGUGAUCUAAGUGAAUGACAACUUGCUAUAGUGAGCAUCAAAAGUAAGCACUGCAGUGUAUAUUUGUGUGUGUAAAACAACUAUCCUUAUGGAUCUGAUGGAGGCAAAAGUUGAAGGAAAGAAUUUUAUCCUGAAGGGCCUGGGAAAGGAAUGCAAGUUUAGGAGGGAUUUAGUCAUUCGUGUACAGUGCAUCACUGUUGCCUCUGUCCAUUGUGAAUGUGAAAUAGUCCCCCAUACGCAUCCUGUUAGCCUGUAAUCUUAGGCGGCUAAUGAUGUGCAGAGUUUAGAGGGUCAUUGACAUUCUGUUUUGUUUAACUUUUUUUUUUUUUUUUUUUUUUAAAUUUCUGUGUGAGGCUACCUGGUGUUAUAAUGCUGUAGUUACAUCUUAAUGAAAUACCUGAUAUGUUCAUUUGAGCUUGCUUAUGUAGUAAUUGUUUUACAGAUGAAUGAAGAUGAAAAUUGGCAAAAUGAAAUUGCUACACAUGAUUAACAGCUAAAUUGCAUAGACCAAAACACACUGUGAAAUCUGCCCCUUCAUUAUCUUAGUUUCCCUUUGUGACUGAGCCACUCUUUAUUUUUUUUGAUGAUGUGUUUAACUUAUUUAAAAUAACUUAUUGUAUCAUUUUCAGUCAGUUUAAAAAUCUGAAGACCAUCCAGAAGUUGUUGCCACAUAUCACUCUGAUCCAGUUUAAGUGUGUGCAUUGCAAACAGCAGCCGCCCACCAAUUACAUUUAGAUGCCCCAACGCUGGAGUCUAUGCAAAAAUGAUUGUGAUUUGCAAAGAGGAAGAAAAUCUGACAUUGUCUGUGUCUUUAAACUACCUUCAGUGAGACUGAUUGCAGUUGAAGCAUUUAAGCUUGAAUGCCCAACACCAUUUAAAACUUGUGAAGCAUUUUAUAUUUCAAAGUACUUAACAUUGACUCACUUUUUCCUCUGAGUUAAUAAAUAAACACUAAAGAAUCCCUGGCUUCGAUUACAGGCUUUGUUUGUCAUAUAGUUUGGUGUGUUCAUUAUACAAAAAAAAGACAGUAAUGCAAAAGAAUGUCUGCUAUAUUUCUUGUUAACUAAAAAAAAAAGCACACAGUAGAGUGGGUUUAAAGAUGGGAGGGUGAGGUGGGACGUGAGGCAAACUCGAACCCAAUGUUAGGAUGCCAUGGCAUCAGAAUGUUUGGAAAGUCGUUUGGGUUAAUAUGUAAGGGCUAACCUCAAGUACAUGAUUGAAACACCCCUACAAGUUAAAGUGACAGGCGCAGAAACUGAUGCACAGUGUAAGCACCACAGUAUGUUACUGCAUACCCUCCUUAGCUUAUGGCCAUUACAUUAACUGCUGUGUCUCUUCAUGGUCAAAGACUGCAGAAGCUACUAUACUUAAAAGUGACUACCACAGUGCUUGCUUACUCUAACAUUGGCUGAACACAGUCUAAUUCUUGUUUUAGUUUUUUUGUUUAUUUUAUUUUUUUCAGAAGCAAACAUUAUUCAGAAUUAUUCUACUACUUUGUCUUCAUGUGUAGAUUUGAUGGACUUGGCCCAGAUAUUUUCAGCAGGAUUGAAGGGGCGAUACUAAAACAGAUGUUUGUGUGAAAGCUAUGAGCAAACUGUCCUACUGGAUAUUGAAAUAACUUGUUUUGCCUUUUUAUAUAAAUACCCUUGGAAAAAAAAAUAGAUAUCUACAUAUUUGAUUGGAUGGUUGUAUGUAUGCCAUCAAUUAAUUGUUUUCAUGUUUACUUAUUUUGAACAUAACCACUAAUGUAGCCUGUUUGUGAAUGCAAGAGGUGAAGCUUACAUUCAUUUUUGUGUGAGUUAUUUGGAAAUGGCAAAUAAAGUUGAUAUUACUAAUAACA